GUUAUUUUGAAAGAUUUAUUCUUUAAACAGAGUAGAAACUUUUCAAACCUCAUAUUCCUUUUCAGUGCUUUUGGCAUUAAAUGUGCUCGAUGUCAACAUCCAGUCAGUGCGAAUGACUGGAUUCGGCGGGCGAGAAGCGACAUCUAUCAUCUUGCCUGUUUUGCGUGCGUGUCUUGUAAAAGGCAGCUGUCUACAGGGGAAGAGUUUGGCUUGGUGGAGAACCAAGUUCUCUGUCGCCUUCACUACGAAGUAAUGGUGGUGAAUUUACAGCGUAUGUCAGACCAUGGGGAUGGAAUACAUUCAGAUGGAGACCUAUCGAUGGACUGCAUUCCUAAAACUUCAAAAAGACCUCGUACCUCAUUCACUUCAGAGCAGCUUCAGGUUAUGCAGAAUCAGUUUAUCCGAGAUAAAAAUCCUGAUGCACAGACCCUACAGAGGCUGGCAGAUAUGACUGGACUAAGCAGAAGAGUUAUACAGGUUUGGUUUCAAAACUGUAGAGCCAGACAGAAGAGGAACCCAGUUCAUGACAGAAUUCCUCAACAGACCUCUGAAAUGACCCUGAUGUCAGAAAACCUUUUCUUCUUACCCUCACAUAGACCUGAGACGUACUGACACAAACGUCUCAACAGUGUCCUCUUAUUUCAGCAUCUUUACUAUGUUCCCUUCCACUGAGAUCUGUGUUUUUGUGUUAAAGGUCCACUGUGUAAAUUUAAGCGGCAUCUAGUGGUGAGAUUGUAAAUUGCAACUUACA